UGUACGGUCGGAAAUUGUGAAAAUGCGUUUCAGUUAUGCAAGGCCGGUACUCGGCGUAUGUUUACUAUUGUUGGUAAACUUUAAUUUCGAACAAGUUGAGACGGCUAACAUCCUGGGCAUAUUUCCAUACCAGUACACUUCGCCCUUUCUGGUAGUUAAGCCAUUUGUUCAAUCACUUGUGCAACGAGGACAUAAUGUUACCUUGAUCACACCAAAAUCCAUGCCUGAAGUAAAUGGAGUUCGGUAUUUACGCGUUACCAAUUUAAAUAAACGGAUUCAAAAAUUGUUAGAGUCUGACGAGUUAUUCGAUUUUAUAAUCAACAAGUGGAGGGAAAGUAUUUUGGCCACCAAAAUGUAUUUCCAUAUGUGCCAAGACAUUUUAAGUGACGAUGCCGUACAGAGAAUGCUUAAAGACAGAAACGAGCACUUCGAUCUCAUCAUGAUGGAGGCCACCAAUCUGGAUGCACUUUGUGGACUUGUGGAGUACUACAAUGCCACUUUAGUUGGCUUGUCUUUCUUGAAUUUCAACUGGUACACUGAAGAACGGGCAGGAAAUCACGCCCCGAGCAUCUAUCAACCCAUUUCCCAUAUUGGAUAUUCCAGGGAUUACUCGCUGCUGAGCAGAAUUUUCAACUGGAUACAUAUCACGGAGGAGAUGUUGAUGGAGAGUCUGAUUAUUCUGCCAUCUCAACUGCAACUAUUCAAGAAGUUCUUUGGAUAUUCGGAGCAAAAGUUCUAUGAAUUGCGCAACAAGUACUCGGUGAUUUUAGUGAAUGACCACUUUAGUAUGGGCAAUGUGAGAGCAAAUGUUCCUAAUAUCAUCGAAGUGGGAGGUUUGCAUCUCAGCGAACCUCCAGAACCAAGUGAUGAAAGCCUCCAAAGAUUUAUGGACGAGGCGGAGCACGGAGUGAUCUAUUUCUCCAUGGGAUUGGAUAUUUUGGUUCAGUUUUUGCCAGACAACAUGCAGCAACCAAUGAUGCAGGCAUUUUCUCAACUGAAACAGCGUGUUGUGUGGAAAAACGAGCUCUUCAAUAUGCCCAACAAAUCGGAAAAUGUGUAUGCUAUUGAAAAAGCUCCGCAGCGCCACAUUUUAGAGCACCCCAACAUUCGGCUUUUCAUCACAAAUGGCGGAUCGUUAAGUGUCAUGGAAGCUGUUUAUAGCGGAGUUCCUAUGCUUGGAUUGCCAGUGUUCUUCGAUCAAUUUGGUAAUUUACGCUUUGCAGAAUUAGCGGGAAUGGCCGAAGUGUUGGACAUCAACACCCUGAAUGCAGAUAUUCUGACCAACACCAUUCGGGAGCUGAUUAAAAAUCCUAAAUAUACUCUAAGGGCAAAAGAAAUGUCAAAUACUUUUCGGGAUAGACCCAUGAGUCCUUUAGAUGCGGCUGUAUGGUGGACAGAAUACGCCUUACGGAAUCGGAAUCCCGCACACAUGCGUCUCAAUAAGGAGGAAAUAUCUUUAAUGCGGUAUUACAGGUUGGAUUGGAUGCUUCCCUUUGGGCUCCGUUUUAUAAUCGUUUUUGGUUCAGUGUUAUAUUUGAUCUGGAAGGUGAUACAAAAGAAACGGGAGUGGAAGAAAACAAAAGAGUUAAAGAUGCUACAGCCUACAUCGCAAUAA